AUGGCGCAGCUCAUCGGGCUGGGACCGAAAGCGGCGUCCAGAGACGAGAAGCCCAAGAGGAGACGCAGACGACCUGUCUGGCCCGUGCCGACAAGCACCUUGAGCGUUCCCGGCCGCAUUGUCGUCCUACGCAGCGGACGGCCCGAGGCAGAGGGCACGAGGAGAAGCGUCGAGGCGAGACUGGACGAGGGCGUCGUCGCGCACAUCACGACGGACGAGCAGCUGAGGAGUGUUGUCUGGGGGGACCCCGUGGCGCACUCCAUGAGACUCUACGCUGGUCGCGUCGAGACUCUAGCUGUCGGCGCUGUUUUGGGUCGGCGAGGAGGGCCUGGGGAGGACUAA